GCCUAGCAACGCCGUAAACAACUUGUUGUCGAGGGAAGCUAACGAGCUAGCUAACAGUUUUGGUCUUUCACAAAGUGUCCUGAAAUAAAUGUCUCUUUAAAAAUAAUAAUAAUAAUAAUAAUGAUGGACCGAGAGCUGAACGAAGAGGAACUACAGGAUUUGUAUGCGUGGAUAGACAAAAUACCUCUGUCCCGCCCCAAAAGACACAUCACAAGAGACUUCAGUGACGGAGUGAUGGCUGCCGAGGUUGUAAACUAUUUCUUCCCAAAGCUUAUUGACCUGCACAACUAUAUUCCUGCAAACUCCUCACAGCAGAAGUUCAGUAACUGGAACCUACUCAACAGGAAAGUGUUUUCCAAGCUGAACUUUAACGUGCCCGAGGAGACAGCGAGGAAAAUUGUACUGAGCACUGCAGGAGUGAUAGAGCCUGUACUGAGCGCCCUCAGGGAGAAGAUAGACAAGAAACUGGAGCAUGCUACAGAGAAUAUCCCGCAUUUGGAAUACUACGACACCAGGAACCAGGAGAAACCUCAUACAGAUUUUCGUCUGACUGAAGUAAAAGUUCUGGCUCAGCUGCCAGGAGAAGCAAAAAAAGAUGAAAGGAGCAGACCAAAAAAAGGUAAACCGCAGAAUGCAGUGCAGUUUUACACAGACAUGGACCCCAAGUUACGGCAAAUCCUGCGGGAAAAAGAGCAAGCUGUCAUGGAUUUACAGGAGACCGUGGAGAUCCUGCAGAUGAAAGUGACCAGGUUAGAGCAUCUGGUUCAGUUGAAAGACAUGCGAAUUGAAGAUCUGAACCGGCAUCUGGAGACGUACAAGGCAAAAGGCAUUAAAGGCUGAUACAAAGAUUAUAUACAGAAGUAGCUUUGACAUACAACCGUGUAACUCCUCCAAUAAACUCUUACUUUGUUAAAAAACUUCUGUCAAGGAUCAGUUCAUAGUAAGGUCUGAGAUUGUUCUCCUUCCUUGUCAAAUGCAUCAGACCUGUUGAAAUGCACCAGUGGGAUUACACGUGUUGUGUUUUGUCUUGUUUUCUAAGCAAAGUGUGUAUUUUGUCAUGAAAAAGCAGGUGUUUGGUAAUUAUAUUCUAUUAACAUUACUUACAACAUUUACAAGAGAGGAAUGUGAGAACUUAACCAUUGAUAUUAAACCGUGUUUAAUAUGGUCUAACAAGAGCAGUUCAUAUUAUAGCCUUCUCUAAUAAAAAUAUUGUUUACCUGCAGAUAUUGCAUAUUAUGUCUUUGUGUUUAAAUCUUAUCUAAGGAGAUCAUACUGUAAAGGGUUUAUCAGCCUUUUUUUUUUGAGGAUUUGUUUGCUUAAUACAAAUACUUCUUUGUUAGGUGUUUAUGUAUCUACCGAUACUGUCCGACUGUGCCUUUACUCACCCUGUGACUUCUGACUGUGAAGUGCUCAAUAAAUCACCAAUUCACUUCAACUCUCUACAGUUUCUACAGAAUGUGCAAACCAAUUUCUUGAAAUAAAAAAAAAAGUGUGAGGUGUACGUACACUGUCACUUCCUUGCAAGUCAUAAAUGACAUCGUUCAUUUCCUGUGAAACUCUGGUUCCUUUUUUAAGUGGAUAGACAGACGCAGCUAUUAAUGGCUUCAUUUUCCGCUGUUUCAAGUGUCCUUUAUAUUUAAUGUAUGAUGACCAAAUAUAGUAAAGCAAUGCCAACUUUGAUCUUACUGAGUUGUAUCGGGAGUAGAUGACCUUUAGCAGCCUACUGCUGUCACUGAGUGCUGUGUUGAUCACCUUCAUACCAUCCAAUCAAACCUUUCAAGCUUGAAGCAAUAAACUG